AGUAUGUUUACAGCGAAGGUUUUGCUACACGAUGGCUUCGUUGAGCUGACCAGUGACGUGGGAUUUAUCUUAAGUUUUUUUCAAGCAACCAGUGUUGACGACUUUCUAAACAGUGACUGAAUUGUGCGCCGCAACGCGAUUAGCAUGGUUGUAUUCAGGCAGAAGUGUCGCCAAAAGCCGUAGCAAUGACAAGCUGGCUGACGUAGCGCAGUGGGUUAGCCAGCUAGGCAACUAACAACACUAGCUAGCUAACUUCUUGCAUCGCAGCGGCCAAUCCAGUACAGUGAAAACAGUUCCUAACACAAGCGUGGCGAUGGGUGCAGAAAGCAGCGCGGUGCGACGCUGCACCUUGGAGGAGCCCCUCCUGACCCUGCCAUCCGGACUGACCAUGCACUCGGCGAUGCUCCAGGAUGGAAAGCCCGCUUCCGUGUUUGUUCACAAGCGGGGCAAUGAAGAUAAAGUAAACAAAGCUGCGAAGCACCUCAAAACUUUGAGGCACCCAUGCCUGCUGCGUUUCCUUUCCUGCUCAGUGCAGGACGGCGGCAUCCACCUGGUGACAGAGCGUGUGCAGCCCCUGGAGCUGCUGCUGGACAGCCUCUCCCCAGAGGAAAUCGGCGCAGGCAUCUACGACCUCCUGCAGGCACUUGUCUUUCUGCAUGAGAGGGGCAAAUCAAGCCACAACAAUGUCUGCAUCUCCUCUGUAUUUGUCAGUGAUGAUGGCAAUUGGAAGCUGGGAGGGAUGGAGACCGUGUGCAAGUUCUCUGAAGCAACACCUGAGUUUCUUGCAAGCAUGCAAAAUGUGAGAGAGGCCAGCUGCAUUCCUCCAGAAGAGCAGGUUGAGGGCUUGAAAAUGCUUCUGGAUAAACAUGCUCACUCUCGGGACUGUUACUCUUUUGGAGUGAUGGUGGAGAGCCUCCUCUCUCUCCUGAACGGUUAUGCGUCACAGGAGCUGUCUGACAGCUUGAGGAAAACCUUGCAGGCAGGCCCACUGAACUCUGACCCUCUGUCUCGACCUCCACUCAGCUCCUUGCUGACUCAUGACUUUUUUAGGAAUGACUUUCUGGAAGUGAUCAAUUUUCUGAAGAGCCUUACCUUGAAGACAGAAGACGAAAAAAAUGAAUUCUUUAAGUUUCUUCUUGACCGGGUUCAGAGUCUCCCUGGAGAGCUGAUAGCUGCACGUCUUGUCCCAAAACUCCUCAACUCCCUCGUUUUUGCAGAACCCAUGGCUGUCAAAAGCUUCCUGCCUCAUCUUUUGAAGCCAAAGAAGGAGUCCAGUGUCAGUGAUGGUAGCUGUGAAGAAUGCCUGCUGUCUGUGUCCCUUUACCGUAAGCAUGUGGUUCCUCAGCUUCUCAAGCUCUUUAAGGUCAACGAGGAACAUGUACGGAUUGUGUUGCUGGCUCACAUCCAUAUCUACGCCGAGUUCUUUUCACAUGAUGAACUCAAAAACCAGAUCCUACCUCAGGUUUUGUUAGGAAUGAGAGACACCAGUGAUUCUCUGGUUGCCAUGACGCUGCAGAGUCUGGCGGUGUUGGUACCCCUGCUAGGGGCUCAAGUGGUGGUGGGUGGAGAAAGAAGCAAGGUCUUUAAACGCACCAAACCCAACUUCACCAAGUCUACAGAGGUCACUCCUGAAACUUCCCCUGUCCAUAUAGUUGGAGGCGACCACCCUCAGAUGGCUCAGCCUUCAAAAGUGUUGAAUUUGUUUCCCAGACCGUCAGGAACUGAAGGUCUGGCCCUUGGUCCCAUUGGUGACUUAGUAGGUAGCAAGGAAGCUCCAAAAAGUUACCCAUCAGCACCAAACUCAGCUGUGAGUAGACAGCUGUUACUGCCUUUGAACGGUUUUCAUCAGGACAAAGGGAUGAAGCUUCUAUCAUACAGUCCAGAGCAGGCUGACAGUCUAGAAGGCCCCGCUGAAGACUGGCCUGACUGGAGCGACCAAGAGGAGGGUGAGAACAGAGACGGACAGUCUGUCCAGAUCCACAUUCAGGCCUCCGAGAGAGAGGAUCCAGUCAGCAGCAGACUGCCGCUCUCACACCCCAAAGUGGAAGAGGAGCCGUGGGAUGACUUUGAGGACCCUGAACCUACGUCAGAUCUCUCCCCCACGGCUCCUUUAUCAGACCCUGUUAUCCUUACACCGCCCAGAGAGACCACUGCUAUACCUGUGAAACAUGCUCCUGAAGCACUGAGACUGGCUUCUUCUAAAGCCCUCAAACUGACCUCAACACUGAGACAAUCCUCACAGAGCAAGACCACCUCCUCAUGGGAUGAGGGAUGGGCUCAAGAAGAGAUAGACUCACACAAACCUUUAAACCCCAAGUCCAACCCUUCAGUGCCACUAAAGCACAGUGGGAUUGGAGGAUUGGGGGAGGAGUUCACUAUUAAGGUGAAGAAGAAAGUAGAGCAGGAUCCAGAGCUGGAUUUGUUUGCAGACAUGGUGCCUGACAUCAAACUGUCUUCUCCGGCUCUGCUGCCACAAGAUGAGAGCUCUGUGACGGAACUUUGUACAGCCUAUUCAGAAGCCACUCAAUCUCUGCAGGUUGAUCCAUGCAUCGAUACUGUAAUGCUUACUGCCAAGUUUGCAGCUGCCAACCUGACUGAGACUGAAGCCGAAGGCUGGGGAGAUGGAGAUGAGCUGAACUGGGAGGAUGAGAAUGCCUGGUGAUGACAUUUCAUCUGUAUGAUUCAUCAAAUCCUAAAGACCACUUUAAAACUCAAAUCUUCAAGUUUCAGCACUUCUGGCUCCGUAUCAGACUUUGAGUUCUCAUUUGACAGCAUGAUGCAGUAAAAAUGAUGAUUAUGGCCUAAGAUUUUUUAUAUAUAUCUAAUGAUGUUGAUUUCCUAGAUAUGUCUCAUAGGUAUCUUCAUUAAGAAAACUUUUAGUUUAACUGGAAAGAUCACUUCAGUUGGUGCUGGACUUGGACAAAUGAUGCCAUUUUUAAUUUUUGCCAACUGAAACUUUUCACCUCAAGACAAAUGAAGAUAUACUCCGAGGGGGGGGAAAUCAUUCUGUUUAAAUCUUCUUUAUAGAUUUUUUUAUGUGCCAACAUCAUUAAUGGCAUGAAGAGCAAGAUACACUUUUAUGGCAAGACACAACUUGUCCAAACUGUAUCUGGGAAUGGGUUUACAGGAAGCUUGCACUAUGAAUGAAUGUGAAAUUAAAAUGGACAUAAUUUAUGAGUAGCUUUUUGGUUGCUGGUGAAAGUAAAGAUUUUACUAUCGAA